CCAGGAUUGUUGGGGAGAUACCAUCACAUAGUAGCCGACAAGAUUCUCUUUAGUCACUGUAUGGAUGACAUUUAUCUGUCAAAAGCAGUAUUCCUAUCCUGGAUGCUUUUGUGCAUAUUUUGGAUCUCUUGAUAUCAAUUUCAAGACAUCGCUUGGAAUUUGCUAUUGUGUAACAAUGUCUGUCCGUUUUCACCAUGUCGAGUACACUGGUCUAAUUUCCAAUUAAAACAUUUAGCGGCAACACGUUUGGACUUCAAAGUGAGACCGCGGACGAGCGUUUCGUUGGACGUUCUGCAACAAUUUGUUGCAACAUUCAGGGCAAAGUGAUGGUGUCGUUAUCACUUUGGUUUGCCAUGSCAACAUAAUCAUAAAAAUAAAAAAAAUCAGCCGAGUCCUCUUUUGGGAGAUAUUCCUCGUGGUAUACAAUUAUGUUCACUUUCGCUGCCUUCUGCUAUAUGCUGUCGCUGGUCCUCUGUGCUUCUCUGAUCUUCUUUGCGAUAUGGCAUAUAACAGCCUUUGAUGAGCUGCAGGCAGACUUUAAGGUCCCCAUCGAUCAGGGCAAUCCACUCCAUGCGAGAGAGCGACUCCGGAACAUUGAGAGGAUCUGCUGCCUGCUGAGAAAGUUGGUGCUUCCAGAGUAUUCUAUCCAUGGGCUGUUCUGUAUCAUGUUCCUGUGUGCCCAGGAGUGGCUGACAGUAGGCCUCAACAUCCCCCUCCUCUUCUACAACACAUGGAGGUACUUCCACAGCCCCACAGACACUAAGGAGCUCCUCUACGACCCAGCCUCGGUCAUGAACGGAGACACGCUCAAGUUCUGCCAAAAAGAGGCCUGGUGCAAGAUGUCCUUCUUCGUCCUCUCCUUCUUCUACUAUCUCUACUGUAUGGUCUACUCCUUGGUCACCUCAUAACAGCAGAACUCUCUGUAUUUGAGCCACCCUCCGGAUAUCAGAGACUGAUUUCUGGAAUAUGAGUUAGCUAGCGCAAACAACAACUUUGGAGCAAAAAAGAGCACUUUGUGUCACAGCUUUUCUGUUUCAUGAGAAGAAGGACCGUUGUUGAGUCUGGGCUGUGCUGGUCUGGAGGAAAAGGACGGGUUUCAGCACCAGUCCCCAUCGUCUCCUCAUGUAACGAGACCUUACUGUUUACAGUACUCUGUAGGUCAACAGCCCAUGAUGAGUCACAGCGACCACCAUAUCUACUUUUGUCUGUCACUGCCUGGCCAAUGUUUGUACUCACAGCCUGUCCUGGAGAAGUACAGUAGCAUCACCACUACCAUAGUAGGACACAGUAGUGUUUUUUUUUCUUUUUUAGGGGGUGGAUCAGCUUUAA